UAAAGUCUUUAGAGUUGAGUUUUCUGCUAGAUACGAGAGGAUCAAAAACAUAGCUAUAUCCAAAAAGAUGAUCGGAAGAGAUGCUGCUUCGAUUCCCAACGUUGACUUACCACCUACAACGGCGGGAUCACGAGUUUCAGCAUCGUUGCCAUACCGACGGAAAGGUCUUGUUAACGCCCGACAGGGAGAUGUUUUCUACGGCGAAGAUGACGUGGCAGAUUUGAUGUUUAGAGAAGACGAAGUGGAACAAGACUCGGUGAUGAGAGCUUACAGAAGUGACGAAGCUAUGAGAUCUAUUCAAGAUACGAGAAGACGAGAAAGAAGAAGAAGCUUCUUUUGCUUUGAAUGUUUCGACUUUCUCAUACUUGUUUUCUCUAGAAAUAGGAACUAAUUAACAUACAUCUUGUAAAUUCUACUAGUCUUUUCUUGUUAGCGUUUUAAUUCAUCCAAAUUUAAUUAAAAACCAAAAAAGUUAUUUUAAAUUGAUUGACAAUUUGAUGAUAUGAACGACAAGAGUUUUUAUAAUUACUGUUAUUUAUAACAACAGACAUUGCAAAUACAUAUGUGCGUUCAACGUUGACUAGAAAUUUGAAACCAGAGGUAGAUUUUACAACAGGUUACAAAUACCUUAAGUGGUUCUCUUUGGCGUCGACUUGUGAGCUUCGUUUGUUUUAUUUGCUUACUUCUUUCUUUCAUACCUUCUCUUGAUCAUGUUGGUUUAUCUCUUCGUUUUAUUUUUCGUCCUCUGGUUUGUAUUGAUUUCAUUAUGUGGGUUUGUGCUUUUCUCUUGUUUUGGAGGAUUUGGUCUUGCCGGUAUCCAAAAACGAAUUACCCAAAAUUACAUGAAUUGCCAAAAAUAUCCAUGAUUGUCCGAAUUUUAUUAUCAGAGAUUAUCCGUAUAUUUUCAUUUGGUAUAUCCAAAACUACCUGUGUUACUUGAUAUUUUCAUCCGAGGAGAAUUUUAAUCUGAAAUAAUCGGAAGUGCUCUAUAUUCUUACACGAACUAUCUACAAUACAUGAGGAAGAGAUUUUUUAUCUUAAAUAGUCAGAAUUACUUUAUAUUUUCUUCCGAACAUCCGAAGUUCCGAACAAUCCAAAAAGGAAGGGGAGUGUCUUUCCAAGAAGGUGAUUUUGAUGUCUACACAGGGCCGGGCCUGAUAUAUGUAGACCCAGAAGCAACUAAAAUUUAUUUGGCCCUACAAUUUAUUUGACUCAAGCUAAUGCUUGAUGAGCUUGUGCUCAGGCCCGGCCCUGUGUCUACAUAACAUCUUUGAAUAAUCUCGACUUUUUCCUACGAGAAAUACCAUUAUAAAACUUUUACCAUGCGACUUUUCCUAACGAGCUCUAUUGUUUUAUAGGUCUAUCUUCAUCAUCGUCUACUUCAUCUAUUGAACUUCCAGAUGUGCUAGCCCCAUCAAUAUAGGUUAUCGCAUCUAUAUAUUUGAAUGGAUUUGUUUUUAAAGAAUAUUUUUCAUGAUUUUUUUUAGAAUGAUGCAUUCAUUGAUUCCAUGAUGGUAUUGAUGUGAAUGUAUGAUAUAUUAUUUACUGAAAAACGAUAAGCAUUUGUGUUUUAUACAUAUCCAAUUAAGAUACAAUUCAUGGUUUUAGAUACAAUUCUGAGGUAUUUAUUCAAGAGUACAAUAGUUUUUCAAAUCUCAUAUGGUAUAUACUGUCUGUUAGCUUGAGGGGUAGUUUGUAUAGGAUAUAUUUUGUGGUAAGCAGUGGUGAGUAGUGCUUUCCCAGUCACCCCUUCCUAUAUUCCGAUCAAUCCUAAUUUAUCCAAAAAAAAGUCCCAAUAAAACAUCAAUCUUAUAA